AUGGCGCCCAUCUUUUCUUCCAUGACUCGCUUGACAGCGGUCAUCUCUUCAGUUUUUCUCCUGUCUACUGACGUCGUCCUUGGCACGACCACUCGUGAAAAGACAUUGAGUGGAACUUACGACUAUAUCAUCGUUGGAGGUGGUGUAUCAGGCUUGGUCGUCGCAAACAGACUUUCGGAGAAAUCACAGAAAACUGUUCUCGUUCUCGAGUAUGGAUACACUGACAACUCAACCAAGACCCUAUGGCCUUAUUAUGGUACAGGUUACAAUGAUCCUGACAUGUUUGAGCUCAACAGCGCUCCGCAAGAGAACCUUCAGAACCAGACUUUCGUGGCCUAUGCUGGCAAAGUCCUCGGAGGUGGUUCUAUCGUGAACGGUAUGGGUUAUGACCGUGGAACCCAGCCUGAUUACGAUGCUUGGGGUGAGCUUGGUAAUGAUGGCUGGAAUUGGAGCAACUUGCUCACUUACUUCAAGAAGAGUAGCACAUUCACCCCUAACAAGAAGGAGACACUCGACAAGUACAACUACACUUACGACCUGUCGGCCUAUGGAAAUGGACCUGUCCAAGUCUCUCUACCUGAGUGGCAGUAUCCCGAGUUGCCUACCUUCUGGAAAGCCAUGGACGAGAUGAAGAUCAACAAGGUUCAAGAGGGUGCUCUGGGUGAGCCUGGUUACUUCUGGGUACCUGCCACCACCGACCCCAAGUCUCAGACCAGGUCCUCGGCUCGUACUGCUUACUACGAUCCCAUUGCUUCUCGUUCCAACCUCAAGGUCGCCACUGGUGUUCAAGUCCAAGAGAUCGUUUUCUCUACUCUGACUGCCAAGGGUGUCAAGCUGCUUGAUAGAGAUACCGGCAAGACCUACACUGCUUACGCCGACAUGGAGCUCAUCCUCGCAGCUGGUGCCAUCCACACUCCUCAGAUUCUGCAACUCAGUGGUGUAGGGCCUGCCAGCGUGCUUAAGGAGGCAGGCAUCAAGGUCAAGGUCGACCUUCCUGGUGUUGGCAACAACUUCCAGGACCAUCCCACAGCAUACAUGAGCUGGAACUUCCUCAACGACACAACUCCCAACACAAACUCUUUGACUAGCAACGCAACCUUUAAUGCCACUGCUUACGACGAGUAUGUCGCCAACAAGACUGGUCCAUACACUCAAGCUCACGGCAACGGUGCUGCGUUCUUGCCUCUUACCAGGAUUGCACCCAAAUCGUACAAAUCAAUUGUGAAAAAGCUCGCAGCCCAAAAGGCUGCCGACUACCUCCCUGAUAUGUACUCUGAUUACCCCGAGUUGGUUGCUGGCUACGAAGCGCAACGCAAGGUCCAGAUUGAACAGUUCAACUCUGAUGCAGCCUCGAUGUACGAGUUCUCUUUCAUCGGUGGUGGCUUCUCCAUUACUGCUCUGCAGAAGCCUACCAGCCGCGGUACUGUCUAUCUUGACCCCAAGGACCCUCGCGGCGAGCCAAUCGUCGACUACCACGGCCUCCAGAACCCUGUCGACAUGGAUAUGAUACUUGCCAGCAUGCGUUACACUCGUCAGAUCUACAACACUUCUGCACUCUCCGUCUUUGAGCCUGUUGAAGCCAGCCCUGGUGUCAAGUAUCAGACUGAUGAUGAGCUCAAGUCGCAGAUUGUGUCUGGCCUUGUUUACCCUACCCUCGCUCAUCCUGCUUGCUCAUGCGCCAUGAUGCCCAGAAACUUGGGCGGUGUUGUCGACUCUGGCCUUCAAGUUUAUGGCAUCAAGAAGGUCACCAUUGUUGACGCUUCCAUCAUGCCACUUAUUCCUGGUACUCACCUCCAGGCGACUGUUUACGCUGUCGCUGAGAAGGCUGCCGAUAUCAUCAAGGCUAGACAUGGUGCUUAG